AAAUGAUCAUUAAAAGUUGCUGCUCGAGCUGUCUCGGAAUGCUGUCAGAUUAAAUAGAGGUUUCAGCUGCCUGGUGCAUAUCAUCAUCUUCUUCAAGGGAGGAAGAAGAGAGAGCUUAACUGGGGACCGCCAUGGAUUCAGCAUCAGUUAUCAUCAUUGGAGCAGGGAUGUCAGGUAUCUCGGCGGCGAAGACGCUUUCCGAUGCGGGCGUAAAGGAGAUACUGAUCCUGGAGGCCACAAACCGCAUCGGUGGCCGCAUCAGGAACACCUACUUCGCAGAUCUUAGUGUGGAGACGGGAGCAAACUGGAUUGAAGGAGUGCAUGGUGAAAAGCAGAACCCCAUAUGGGAGAUGGCACAGCAGCUUGGCCUCAGGACUUUCAGAUCGGACUACAGUAAUCUCUCCUCCAACACCUACAAGCAAGAUGGUGGGCGUUACGAGAAAGCAGCGGUUGAGGCGGCCAUAGACGAGUCGGAGAAGAUUCACAGCUUGGGAGAGGAGUACUCCAAAACUUUGCCCCCUAGCGGUCGGAAUGAUAUCUCCAUCUCCACGUUUCAAAGGCUCGAAAACAAGAUUCCUUCCACUCCCUUGGAAAUGAUCGUGGACUACUACUCUUACGACUACGAGUUCGCAGAACCUCCGAGAGUGACGAGUCUGCAAAACACUGUUCCAUUGCCUACGUUUGAUGACUUUGGGGACAACGUGUACUUUGUGGCGGAUGAGCGAGGCUACGAGAUCUUGGUGUACAACUUGGCCUCCAUGUUCCUCGAGACCAAUAGCCAUGGGGUCAUUGUAGAUCCGCGUCUCCAGCUUGGAAAGGUGGCGACGGAGAUCCAGUACUCGGGUGAUGGUGCCACUGUGAGCACGGACGACAGAUCAAGUUACAGAGCAGAUUUUGUGCUCGUCUCGGUCAGCAUUGGCGUUCUUCAAUCAGAUCUCAUCAAAUUUAACCCAGUUUUACCUAAAUGGAAGAUCCUGGCGCUGUACGAGUUCGACAUGGCAGUAUACACCAAGAUAUUCCUCAAGUUCCCUUUCAAGUUUUGGCCUGAUGGAGAUGACACAGAGUUCUUCCUGUACGCCAGCAAGAGGAGAGGAUACUACCCACUGUGGCAGCAUUUUGAGAAGCAGUACCCAGGAGCCAACAUCCUGAUGGUCACCGUCACCGACGAGGAGUCCAGAAGAAUAGAGCAGCAGGAUGAGUCCACCACCAAGAAAGAAGCCAUGGAAGUGCUGCGCAGCAUGUUCGGCAAAGACAUUCCUGAGGCCACAGACAUCCUCGUCCCCAGGUGGUGGUCCAACAAGUUCUUCCGGGGCAGCUUCUCCAAUUGGCCGCUGGGAGUCAACCGGCAUGAGUUCGACUCCAUCAAGGCACCCAUCAAAAGGCUUUAUUUCACCGGUGAGCACACAAGUGAGCACUACAAUGGCUACGUCCAUGGAGCGUACCUCGCAGGGAUUGAUUCAGCAAACAUGAUCGUCCAACAUAUCAGAGAUGGAUAUUUCGAGGUCGAAAUCAAGCCAAAGGAUUCGUAUUAAGCUGAUUUGUGCUGAAGUCAUGCAGAGAUGGAGUACAAAGAAGAUGAUCAUGAUCAUGGCUACUUGUACGAGGAUCAGCAGUUCUGGAUCACUCGAAUGCCUCAUACUCCAAGAUAAAAUGAUGAUGCAUUUGCAUUGUUGUAUUACUCAUUUGCACUGUGGAAUAAUGAUAUGUGAACUUUUUUUUGUGGGGAAUUAGACAUUUCCCCUUCCUUAUUCUGCCAAUUUAAUUUAGUGGCUGUCAGUGUUGAGUUUGUGCCAUCCUA